AUGAGUCCAAAGUCUGACCUUUCUACCGAAACCAGGGCCGGCGUUGCUGGGCUGACCACAGCCUUGCUGCUCUCGAAAAACCCGGCAUACAAGAUCACCAUCGCUGCAAAGCACAUGCCUGGAGACUACGAUAUCGAGUAUGCAUCUCCAUGGGCUGGUGCCAAUUACAUGCCAGUCUCCGUCAAAGGCACCGAGUCGGCUGAAUGGGACCGCAACACGUGGGAACCACUUGCAGACCUCGCACGCAACCACCCUGAAGCCGGCGUCCACUUUCAGAGAACUCAGAUCUAUAAUCGUGGAAAGGACGUGUCGUCAGCCACCGCAGCUUGGUUCAGUGAGCUGUUAAGUCCAACGCCUUGGUUCAAGACUCUUUUCGAGGAUUUUCACGAGAUUCCAAAAUCGGAGCUCAAGCCUGGAGUGGACAACGCCACAUGCUUUACGUCGGUCUGCAUUAACACCGCCAUAUAUUUGCCCUGGCUCGUGUCACAAUGUUUGAAGAAUGGCGUCGUCGUCAAGAGAGCCACCUUUCAACAUGUUGCAGAUGCAGCCGCCCCCGGUGUGCAUCAUUCAGGCAAGCCGGCUGACCUGAUUGUCAAUUGCACUGGUCUCUCAGCCUCCAAACUUGGUGGAGUGGAAGAUAAGGCGGUCGUCCCUGCAAGAGGCCAGAUUGUCAUCGUGAGGAACGUGGCACCUGCCAUGUAUUCCAUCUCAGGGACCGACGAUGGCCCCGACGAAGCUUGCUAUAUAAUGACCCGCGCCGCUGGCGGCGGCACAAUCCUAGGAGGCUGUUAUCAAAAAGGCAACUGGGAGUCGCAGCCAGAUCCCAAUCUGGCGAUUAGAAUCAUGAAACGUUGUGUCGAGAUAUGCCCAGAGCUGACAGGAGGCAAGGGCAUUGAGCACCUUGAUAUUAUACGACACGGCGUUGGUUUGAGACCCGUCAGAGAAGGCGGCACCAGGAUCGCAAAGGAGAAAAUCAGUGGUAUCUGGACAGUGCAUAACUACGGAGCAGGUGGCGCUGGUUAUCAAUCCUCGUACGGCUGCUCACAAGCAGCGGUGAAAUUGGUGGACGAGAUCUUCCAGGAGAAAGCGAAGUUGUGA